AUGGAGAACCGAGGUGUAGUGUACCCUCCCAUGCCGUUGAAUUUGUCUGACGAGGACAAGCACUCGAUCGAGAAACUCGCUGAUCGACUCGUAGCGGAGACUCUACGCGCCAACGAGGAGUUCGCGGCCCGAGGACAUGUGGCCGACCCCAGCUGCUGGAAGCCGAUAAAGGAGAAGGACCACGUUGUGGCGUACCUGGACAUCGCCACUGCCGGUAACAAGGCUCGGCCCUCCAAGCGCGAGAGACUUUGGAGCGAGGACACGGUCGUGGUCGCGUCCUCCCCGCAGAACCCCACGCUCUACCCGACCAGCGACCGCGAUCUCCAAGAUUUAUUGCGUAGCGGGCCGCUCAACACUUUCGACGACAGCGACUCGGACGACGACAGGAGUCAAAGCUUACACCACGAUGAGUUCACCAAGUUCGGCGCCAAAGGCGGCUCCGAGAUGAGCGUCCUCGAGAAGUUUCGGCCGGCCGACGUGCCCAUUGUGUUCUCCUCGGGGGUGCUACCGGGUACCGUGGAGGAUAUGGCCUUUUCGUUCCUAGCGGACACGGACGAACGCAGUCGCAUGCGCUUCAAUACCAACAAGGAUUGCAUCGUGGAGGACAUGAGGAUCCUCUCGAAAAUCCGCGGGCCAACCAAAGAUAACCCGUUCCAGUUCCUUGGGGUCAAGUGGUGCUCUCACACCCCAAGCCGCACGGUGUCACUUGUAGUCAAGCCUCGCGACUAUUUGAUUAUCGAGUCCACUGGAAUGGCUCUGGACUCGAACGGAGAGCGCUUCAGCUACUUCCUUAACCACUCGAUCGAGAUGGACGAGGUGCCUACGUUCCGAGAGUUCGGCCAGGUGCGCACGAUCUUCUCCGCGUGCCACAUCAUCCGCCCUCACAAGAAGAAGCACAGCGACGGAGAGUUCAUUGAGGUGUUUGCGAGGGGAUUCAUGCUCAUUGGAGGGAGCUUUAGCGUCCGUCUUAGCGCCACUCAGCUUGCCGACGGCCUCCUGCUCAUGCCUCGCUUCCUGGAAGAGUCCUUCUUGAAGAAACUGGCGUGGCUCAUGCACGACAAGCUCCGCUGGUCUUCCAGUAGCAGCAACACGAGCGACUCGGCCACCAACAGCUUCAGCAGCAACAGCAGCUCAAGGUCGAUGGUACUGCUGCCCGUGGAAGGCUCGCGCGGCCGGCACAUGAAGAAGAAGGAGUUGGAGUUCUGUCUUAACUGCUAUCUGAGGGCAAAGCGUUUGCCUGCGUGGCAUGUGGCGGUGGCCACGCUGGCGAAAGACUCCGCAUAG